AUUUUAGUUUCUUCAGCCCUAGACCCACGCUCAGACCCGCCUAAAUCUCUCUGUUCUCUUUCACGUUAUGCGAGCAGACCCACGCCGCCACUGCCGCUCAACCGCCCGCCGCCUCCGUCGCAUGUCCGCCGGCCGCUUCUGCUCAGAUUCCCUCGCUGCUCCGUCGGAAAUUUUCUCCCUUGCCCAAUCUAUCUCUCUCUCUGAGUAGUUUGACAGCGUCGCCGCCGUGUCUGUAUCAGCCGCCGCGAUCAGACCUUCACCUCGCCGCCAUCGUCGGAUUUUGAUUGAAUUUGUUAUCAACUAUGUGUUGGGUGUAGUUUCGAAAACUUUAAGGGGAUUUGAACACUGUCCGGCAAAGAUUGUGGUAAACUGGUCAGUCGUUGGAGGUUGGAUUUGAAGUUUUGAGGGGUUUAAAGCUGCUGUCCAGCAACGUUAAAGGUUGUUUUUGGCGGUUUAGCUUUUGGGUCUGAUUUUGAAGUUUUGAAGUGGUUUCGGAUCAAACCACUUAUUGGGAUUCAAGGUUGUGGUAACUAGGAGGGAGGUUGGUUUGCUUGGAUAAGUAUACAUUUGGACUUAUUUUUCGAGGUCUUGGCAAGGUGGACCUAGGCGAUUGAUGUGGUUUUGCUGGAGCGAGGUCAUGGGUGACUUAGAGGAUUUUAGCUAUUUUUGAAGUUUGAAAAGGUUGGAUUGUGGUUAUGUAAAUGGUUUUUGUAAGUGAUGUUGAGGCAACCCCAAGUGUGUGCCUCAGGCAAGAAGCGAGGCGACCUGAGGUCUUCUCACCUCUGCGUACGUGUUGCUCAUACAACCAUGUCUUGCCACAACCAUGGCGAUGAAGGUGAUGUUGAGCUUCCUGCCAACAAGGAAGAUGAUGUGGUUGAUGAGGACAUGGAAGUCCUUCAGAGAGCCUAUAGGCUUGUUGGAGUUAAUCCAGAGGAUUAUAUUAAUCCUAGGCUGUCAUCACCUGCCGUAGGAGAUGCUAAUUCUGGUUUUGAUUCUGAUGAUGAUGAUUUCGAACUUCUUCGAAAUAUUCAGAACCGAUUCUCGAUUGUGGAUGAUGAGCAGCCGUUGAGUACUCUCCCACCAGUGUCCCUAGAUGAGGAGGAAGAUGAAUUUGAGAUGCUUCGUUCAAUACAACGGCGCUUUGCGGCGUAUGAAAGUGAUGUUUUGAGCAAUAAACCCAACGAGUCUCGUGACUAUGUUGGGUCUCUAAAGAUGGAUUCUCACAACACAGCUGCUGAGAGCCAGACAUCCUCAAAAAGGCCAUCCAUGGUAGCCUUUGAAAAGGGAAGCUUGCCAAAGGCUGCGUUGGCAUUUGUUGAUGCCAUCAAGAAGAAUAGGUCCCAGCAGAAGUUUAUUCGUAGUAAGAUGAUUCAUCUUGAAGCUAGAAUUGAGGAGAACAAAAAGCUCAGAAAACGUUGUAAAAUUCUCAAAGAUUUCCAGGGUUCAUGUAAACGAAAAACAACUUGUGCACUGUCUCAGAUGAUAGAUCCUCGAGUCCAGUUAAUUUCAGCUGCAAAACCACAAGCAAAGGAUUCAUCAAAGAAGGACAAACGUUUAUCUGGAAUGUAUUAUGGCCCAGCUGAGAAUUCUCAUGUUGCAUGUUACAGAAUGGCAUUGGCGAAGUUUCCUCGUGUUGAUCGAAAAAAAUGGUCCAUUGUAGAAAGGGAGAAUCUAGGGAAGGGAAUAAGACAGCAAUUUCAGGAGAUGGUGCUUCAGAUUUCGGUGGACCAAAUCAGUGGGCUACAAGGAUUUUCUGCGGAUUCGGAUGAUUUGGAUAACAUUCUUGCAUCAAUAAAAGACCUUGACAUCACUCCUGAAAAGAUAAGGGAAUUUCUGCCAAAAGUUAAUUGGGACAAAUUGGCUUCCAUGUAUCUUCAUGGUCGCUCAGGAGCAGAAUGUGAAGCAAGGUGGUUGAAUUUUGAAGACCCCCUAAUUAAUCGAGAUCCAUGGACUACAAGUGAGGAUAAGAAUCUUUUGUUUACUAUCCAACAGAAGGGGUUGAAUAACUGGAUCGAGAUAGCAGUUUCAUCAGGUACAAACAGAACUCCUUUUCAGUGCUUGUCUCGGUAUCAAAGGAGUUUAAACGCUUCCAUAUUAAAGAGGGAGUGGACCAAAGAUGAGGAUGAUAAACUUCGAUCUGCUGUUGCUAUAUUUGGCGUGAGAGAUUGGCAGGCAGUAGCUUCUACUUUAGAAGGACGAGCUGGCACACAGUGCUCUAAUAGGUGGAAAAAAUCCCUUGACCCAGCUAGGACAAAAAGAGGUCAUUUCACUCCAGAUGAAGACAAUCGCUUGAAAAUUGCUGUUCUGCUCCUUGGGCCCAAAAAUUGGAACAAGAAAGCAGAAUUUUUACCUGGUCGAAAUCAAGUUCAAUGCAGAGAAAGAUGGUUUAAUUGUUUAGAUCCUUCCUUGAGAAGAUGUGAAUGGACAGAAGAGGAGGAUUUAAGGCUGGAGAUAGCAAUUCAGGAACAUGGAUAUAGCUGGGCUAAGGUAGCUGCAUGUGUACCAUCACGUACAGAUAAUGACUGUCGGAGGAGAUGGAAGAAGUUAUUUCCCAAUGAAGUUCCUUUGCUCCAGGAAGCUAGAAAGAUUCAGAAGGCUGCCCUUAUUAGCAACUUUGUCGAUAGGGAAUCAGAGCGUCCUGCUCUUGGUCCUGCUGACUUUCGACCCAGGCUAAAUACAGAUAUAUUAUGUCAUACUGAUGAUCCAAAACCUGCCCCAAAAAGAAAUGCGAAGACGAGGAAGAUGCCAGUGUCGAGGAAUGAAAAGAGUGCUACUGGUGAUGCUCCAAGGAAGAGGAAAUCAAAUUACCAGAGGAAUCAGGCUGAUGCAACCGCUCGGGUGGGUAUUGCAAAUAAUACCUCUUCUGUCCCAGAGGAAGUUCAAUCUUUAAAGCCUCCAAGAAAACGAAAUAGGCAUGAAGCUUGUACCGUGAAGAGAACAGGGGUUCUGGAGCUACAUUCUAACAAGUGGUGUGCUAAACAGAAUUUGAACACUCGGAGCGUUGGGGUGCAGCUGAGUAGUAAGGAAUGUGAGAUGACCAACAGUGACUUCACCGAGACUGUUGAUGGGAAUGGUCUGGAGGUAUUUGAGAACAAAAUUGCAGAUAAGCUUUCUGAAAGAGAUGUAUUCUUUUCAGAACCAGAAGAAAAUCAAAACUCAACUGGAUCUUCUGGAGUCUCGGUACUGUCCGAAAUGACUAACGACAUGGAUGAAUAUAAUCCCUCCAUCCUUCCAGAUACAACAUUGUUGGCUAGUACUACCGUGGAUGAUAUCGAAGAAUUGAAGGGGAAGAGUGGUGCAGACAGAGAUCUGGAUGACAGUAACAGUUUCUCGUUACCGCUCAGUUGCUUAGAACUUAGGACAAUUGACGGUGAAGGUGUGGACAGUUAUUCCGUGGACAAAUCAACAGAUAAAAGCCAUGAGGUUUGCAAGCAACCCCAAGGCAGAAGGAAGAAAAAUAGCAAAACAUCACAUAAAAACCACAAUUAUUCAUUUCUUUCUUGUCAACAAGUGGAGCAGGAGAGGUUGGGGAUGAAUGAGCCUCGUCAUCGUAAUCAAUCAAAGAAGAGAAAACAUAGUAGUACAAAUACGAGUUUGUUAGGAACAUUGGAGGCAGUUGAGGAGGUUGAUAACUGCACUCUAGUCGGCUUUUUGCAAAAAAGAUUGAAGAAAGUUGAUUGCAGUUCUGGUACUCCCUUAGAAGUUGAUAACGAUGACAAUGAUCGUAUUGCCUCGUUUCUUAAUAAAUUGAAGAGAAAAAAACAUCAGCCACCUAGUGAUGGUUGAGUUAAAUUAAGGUAGGAUGACAUGGUUUUGUUGCAUUUUUGGGAUAUCUGAAGCAACAUCACAUUGAAUCUCGGAAGAAGGUUGAUGGAAGGCUGUACAAAUAAAGCUUCCAAGGCUGAAUGGCUAAAUGCUCAACUAUACGUUUGAUUCUAUGGUUGACAAAUUUUUGUUUCGUGAUUUAGCUAAGAGGGCUUUGGCAAUUUUGUUUUGUUUUGGUUCAUUUUCUUUUUCUAAUUUGUUAAUUUUUUUUUUUUUCUGAGAAGGUAGCAUGAUCUUCUCUUUGUACAUUUAUCUCACAAUCUUAAUGAAAUUAUUAAGGUAUGAAGAUUUUUUUUUGGUUGUGAA